CCGUCGCCUUCAAGACCUUUAAUGAGACCUGAGACUCAAGUCCAGGAAAUAUAGGAGGCAAAACCUGAAUGAGCCGGCCCGGCUUGUUAACCUCGUCUUCCUGUCGAGAUUGUAUCCUCCGGGCUUAGGAACCUUUCUUCACAGAGUUGAGGGAAGCUUUUCCAGUAGUGCCUUCCUGCUGCGACGAACCUAUUUCCCGUGCUGCACCGCGGCUUUCCUCUUUCUCUUCCGGUCCCACGCGCUUCGGCAUCUGCGGGCCCUGGUGCAGACAUGGCCAAGUCCAAGAACCACACCACGCACAACCAGUCCCGAAAAUGGCAUAGAAACGGCAUCAAGAAACCCCGAUCACAACGAUAUGAAUCUCUUAAGGGGGUAGACCCCAAGUUCCUGAGGAACAUGCGCUUUGCCAAGAAGCACAACAAGAAGGGCCUGAAGAAGAUGCAGGCCAACAAUGCCAAGGCCAUGAGUGCACGUGCUGAGGCUGUCAAGGCCCUCGUGAAGCCCAAGGAGGUCAAGCCCACGAUGCCAACAGGUGGCAGCCGCAAGCUCAGCCGACUUGCCUACAUUGCUCACCCCAAGCUCGGGAAACGUGCUCGUGCUCGCAUCGCCAAGGGUCUCAGGUUCUGCCGGCCAAAGUCCCAGGCCAAGGCUCCAACCAAGGCCAAGCCACCUGCAGCUGCGGCUCCAGCUGCCAAGGGUGCCCAGGCCCCCACCAAAGCUACAGAGUAGAGACCUUCAUCUGCCGGUGUGAGGACAGAAGGACUGGUGUGACCCCCUGGGCUGCUGUCUGCGUGGCGCUGGUGUCCUCCUGUGCUAUUUGUACAAAUAAAUCUGAGACAGGA